UCCGCGCUGUUAGUAUACAUACAGCUUCAGAUGAUCUAAAUUGCCAGUAUUAUUACCGCAAAGUAGCUUGUGAAAAAAGAUUACCUCUUUCAAGUUGGGCAACGUUAAGUAAUUAUUUUCACGAAUAUAUUCAAGGGGGUACUUAUCUCUUACAAGUUUCUGUGGAUAAUUAUAAUCCAACAAGUGAGGAUGAUUAUAAUAAUCCAUUAUUAUCCACAGCACUUUCACGGGAUCGCACUCUUGUUCUCACAUGGGAUAUUGAAACAUAUAGCUCACGAAAAACGGGUGAUGUACCUAAUGCAAAAUACGAAGAAGAUAUUGUGUUCAUGAUUGGUAUGACAGUUCAUUGGAAAGACGAUUCUGAACCGUUAAAGCAAAUCUGUCUUGUUGAUGUUGAAACUGCACCAGACCCACGGUUGAUUACGAUUAUAUGCGGGUCUCAA